AGGUAUCUAGUAGGGAUGUAGACACAGCCAUAAAUUACCUAGUGAGAAGAGCUGCCUCCAAGGUGCUCCCAGAGUAACUCCUGUUCAGGUGUGUGAAAUCCACUUGGAAGCUUCCUUUUUCCCAAUCACCUGCCAGACUGUCUUCAUGCUGGAGGCCAGCCACAUAGAAUGAGGUUGCUGUAAGGCCAACCCACCCUGGAAGAGAAUCCCAAGGCCAGCAGAACCUCUCUGAUUAGAUCUUAAGUCAGUAAAGGGAUUUCAGUUGAGACUGGGACCAAAUCUUCCCUUUCUCUCUAUGCUGUGGGUAGGGAGGUGAGUGUGUCCCCUGCUGACUGAUGAGGCCUGGGUAGCCAUAGGACUUACUGGAGCCUCUGUAAGGUGGGGGUAGGACAGUUAUUCUUGGAUGUGUUAGGGUAGAGUUUCAGAUUUGUUUAUCUUUGUAGGAGGCACCUUGGGGCCAGGGGAAAGGCACCCAGCUCAUCACUGACAUUCAGAUCACCUGGCCUAGAGGGUCCUCAGAUUUCCUUGUCUUGCUGUGUAUGCAUUUGGGGCACAACUGUAUUUCUUCCAGGAAAUUUGGGGAAAGGUACUAAAGUACAGUGGUCCUCAGCAAGUCCAGGCUAAUGAGCAUACUGGCUAACACUGAAAUAUUCUUCACAACAACUGGCCUGGGGAUUGUGCAGGCCAGAGUUAGUACUAUUAAUAUCUGGUGCAUGAGCCCUAACUGGGUGAUCCUCUUAUACAUGUGGCCUUGGCCUCUGAGACUAGCAUUGUGUUCCCUUAGUGCAGUAGGGCUCCUGGGGCCAUCUAGCUGCUGUGUCCCACCCCCUAUAUAUAGUAAGCUACUGCUGCCAGCCUAGGGGUCCAACCCUGCCUAGCUCUUCUAUGCUGCCCACAGGAGUGAUUCCAUCCAUGGAGGAUCAGUUCAGGUGGCCAGAAAUCCCAGGCUGUCCUUGGGGACAACAGUAGUUCUAAGAGGUAGUGAUAAUCUAACUGCUAGCACCUAGACCACGUAUACCUGGGUCAUCUCACUGUCCAGGGAUACCCACCUCUGAACCUUCUGUACCUACCUGCAUCCUUGGCAAUGAGCAGCCCCCCAGCUUACCCUGGCAUCAGGAUCUCAGGGUGCUGGACUCUUGGAGCAGAAGGCAGCAGCAAUGCAGGGUCCUUGGACAGACUUCUCCCACCAGUGAGUACUGGGCGCUCACCCCGGAAGCGCACCACCAGCCAGUGCAAGUCAGAGCCACCCCUGCUUCGUACCAGCAAACGUACCAUCUACACAGCCGGGCGACCACCAUGGUACAAUGAACAUGGCACACAGUCCAAGGAGGCCUUUGCCAUUGGUUUGGGAGGUGGCAGUGCAUCUGGGAAGACCACUGUGGCCAGAAUGAUUAUUGAAGCACUAGAUGUGCCUUGGGUGGUCCUGCUGUCCAUGGAUUCCUUCUAUAAGGUUCUGACACAGCAGCAGCAGGAACAGGCUGCCUGCAACAAUUUCAACUUUGACCACCCUGAUGCCUUCGACUUUGAUCUCAUCAUUUCCACCCUCAAGAAACUAAAGCAGGGCAGGAGCGUCCAAGUACCCAUCUAUGACUUCACCACUCAUAGCCGGAAAAAGGACUGGAAAACACUAUAUGGUGCAAAUGUCAUCAUCUUUGAGGGUAUUAUGGCCUUUGCUGACAAGACACUGCUGGAGCUCCUAGACAUGAAGAUCUUCGUAGACACAGACUCUGAUAUCCGACUGGUACGGCGGCUACGCCGGGACAUCAGUGAGCGAGGCCGGGACAUUGAGGGUGUCAUUAAGCAGUACAACAAGUUUGUCAAGCCUGCCUUUGAUCAGUACAUCCAGCCUACCAUGCGCCUGGCAGAUAUUGUGGUGCCCAGAGGGAGUGGGAAUACAGUAGCCAUUGACCUGAUUGUGCAGCAUGUCCACAGCCAGCUGGAAGAGCGUGAACUCAGCGUCAGGGCCGCUUUGGCCUCAGCUCACCAGUGCCAUCCCCUUCCCCAGACGUUGAGUGUCCUCAAGAGUACACCACAGGUACGGGGCAUGCACACCAUCAUCAGGGACAAGGAGACAAGCCGGGAUGAAUUCAUUUUCUACUCCAAAAGAUUGAUGCGGCUGCUUAUUGAACAUGCACUGUCCUUCCUACCCUUCCAGAACUGCACUGUACAGACCCCACAGGGGCAAGACUACGUGGGAAAGUGCUAUGCUGGAAAGCAGAUCACCGGAGUGUCCAUUCUUCGUGCAGGGGAAACCAUGGAGCCUGCACUGCGUGCUGUGUGUAAGGAUGUGCGCAUCGGCACUAUCCUCAUCCAGACCAACCAGCUCACAGGGGAGCCUGAGCUCCACUACCUGAGACUUCCCAAGGACAUUAGUGAUGACCAUGUGAUCCUGAUGGACUGCACAGUAUCCACAGGUGCUGCAGCCAUGAUGGCUGUACGUGUACUGCUGGACCAUGAUGUGCCAGAGGACAAGAUCUUCUUGCUAUCCCUGCUCAUGGCAGAGAUGGGUGUGCACUCUGUGGCCUAUGCAUUCCCACGUGUAAGAAUCAUCACCACAGCUGUGGACAAGCGUGUCAAUGACCUUUUCCGUAUCAUCCCAGGCAUUGGGAAUUUUGGUGAUCGCUACUUUGGGACAGACGCAGUUCCUGACGGCAGUGAUGAGGAAGAGACAGCCUCUGUGGGCUAGUUCCCAGUCUGAGCUACUCUUAUUUCUAUCAAGCCUCCUGUCUCCUGGUCUGGGAUUGUAGAAACAACACAUUAACUUAUUUGAAUUUAAAAUGUUACCAGACAUUCAGUUUACACAUUUU